CAGCGUCAGUUAGAGCCACACUCUCUUGGACGGCGCACGCUUUUUCCUCUUUUCCGCAACACAAACACACAGCGACACACAAACACAUACCCUCGCCAAACAGACGCGACUUGAAAGAAAACAAAAUCAAAAUCGGCGCAAAAAAGGAAUAAAUUUCAAUAUUCCUAUUGUGAAAGUUUUAUAUUUAGUGAAAAUAAUAUAUUAACAUAAAAAAAAAACAUCGCAACUAUUUUUGUGCAUUUUGUUUUGCUCUGUGCCGAAAGAGCGGAUGAAAGAAAAACCGCAAUAAAUCAAAAAGAAAAAUUUGUACGUUUGUUAUACACACCUAAGUGUCCUGGAGGAAGGACUUCGCAUUCUUUUAAGCCACCCGCUGUUUCCACGGACUGAAGGAUUAUUCCCAAUUGCCACAUUUCAACAGCAUCGCAAUAAAAAACAAAGCACAGCAACACACUUAUUAUUCUGUGUUUGCGUGUAUUGAACAUCAGAAUUUUCGCAGAGUUCUCUAAACGUUCGUGAGUCAUCUUCAAUAUGGGCGAACUCGAAGAGAAGGAAACCCCGCCCACUGAGACGACAGCGGCCCAGCAAGAGUCGCUCGAGGAGCCCAAGGAAACCGACAAAAUGCUUGACAAAAAAGAAGAUUGCAAGGAGAAGACACCAAGUCCGCAAACUUCGAAGCCCUCAUCUCCCAAUGCAGCAAAGAAAUCCUCACCUGUAGAGGAGAGAAAAAUCGAUGUUGCUGAACUAGAGAAGCCCAAAUCGGGAAAUGGUGAAGAGAUUAUCGAUAUUCCCGCCGAAAACGGUACAAAACCCGAUGGCGGUGAUGACAAGAAGAUCAGCAAGGAGGAGCGCGAGGUUAAGCCCAAGAAGAUCCCGAUCGGAGGUCUCAAGCUGCCCGGCUUUUUCAUGAAGAACAAACCCAAGGCGGAAGGUGAUGGCGCCGAGGGCGAGCUGCUAGAAAAGGAAAAGGAGGAUGAAAAAGAUAAGGAAGCAAAUGGAGAUGCAGCCACAGGCUCUGGCAAGGAUGAGCAGAAGUCGCGUCCAGGUCUGGGAGAACGCUUGCGUAACUUGUUUACCCGCAAACCAUCCGCCGAGAAGGAAAAGAAGCAGCUGGUCAACGGUGAUGCCGAUGCCAAGUCUGAAGCAACUGCUGAAGCUACUCCCGGUGAUGAUGCCUCCGAUGCACCAACAAAGCGUGGACUCCUGAACGCCAUUAAGCUGCCAAUUGCUAACAAGUUGCGCAAAAACAAGAAUGACGAUGAUGUGGAGCUGGGUUUGGGCAAGGCCGGUCUAGCCUCGAUGGAGACCUUAGAUGAUUCCCUCAAGGAUCAGGACACGGUCGACCGGGCUCCCGUUAAGACAAACGGUACCGAGGAGCUAAAGGGCGAGCUCAAGGAUGAGAAACUGGCGGCGGAGGAAAAAAUAGCCGCUGCGGAGGAGGAGCAAAAUCGACCCGUCUCACUAUUGACUCGUCUGAGAGGCUACAAGUGCAGUGUUGACGAUGCGCUGAUUGUCUUUGGCAUCCUUCUGUUCGUGCUUCUGUUGGCCGUGAUUGGUUUUGUGCUGACCCACGAGUCUUUGACAUCGCCACCGUUGCGUGAAGGACGCUACAUCAUGGCAGUGACGGGAUGCGGACCAGUAGAGGGUGUAAAAGAGGAUGGAGCUUUCGCCUUCCGUGGUAUUCCCUAUGCGAAGCCACCUGUGGACAGGCUGAGAUGGAAACCGGCCGAAUUGAUCGAUGACAUCAAUAUGUGUUGGAAUGAUACUCUGCAAACGCACAACAGCAGUGUGGUGUGCACACAGCGAUUGGGCAAUGGCACCACCGUGGGCGACGAGGACUGCCUCUAUCUGGAUGUUGUUACUCCCCAUGUGCGGUACAGCAAUCCCCUGCCAGUGGUAGUGCUGAUUGGCGCUGAAUCUUUGGCUGGUCCUUCGCCGGGUAUACUCCGUCCAUCGGCUCGCUACUCUCGAUCGCACGAUGUGAUCUUUGUGCGUCCCAAUUUCCGUUUGGGUGUCUUUGGCUUCCUCGCUUUGGAUGCUUUAACCAAAGAGGCACAUCCUCCCACGUCUGGAAACUAUGGGCUUACCGAUAUCAUUGCCGUGUUGAACUGGAUCAAGCUGAACAUUGUGCACUUUGGCGGAGACCCGAAGUCCGUCACUUUGCUUGGUCACAGGGCUGGAGCCACUCUCGUGACCCUUUUGGUUAACUCACAGAAAGUCAAGGGUCUCUACACCAGGGCAUGGGCCACAUCUGGAUCAGCCAUUCUGCCUGGAAAACCCUUGAGCGAAUCUAGCAAACUCAACGACCAGCUGAUGGCCACCCUCGAAUGUGCGGAUGUUCAAUGCCUACGUGAAGCAUCCAGCGAACGACUUUGGGCCGCCACUCCUGACACCUGGUUGCACUUCCCCGUUGAUCUGCCACAGCCCCAGGAGGCGAAUGCCAGCGGCAGCCGUCACGAGUGGUUGGUUCUCGAUGGAGAUGUAGUCUUUGAACAUCCUUCAGAUACCUGGAAACGUGAACAGUCCAACGACGAACCGAUGUUGGUCAUAGGUGCCACUGCCCAUGAGGCCCACACCGAGAAACUGCGCGAAUUACAUACAAACUGGACGCGUGACGAGGUGCGAGCUUAUCUAGAAAACUCCCAGAUUGGAGCAAUGGGACUCACCGAGGAGGUUAUCGAAAAGUACAAUGCCAGCAGCUAUGCGUCGCUGGUUGCCAUCAUCUCGGACAUACGAAGCGUUUGCCCGCUGCUCACGAUUGCGAGACAGCAGCCUAAGGUGCCGUUCUAUGUCGUCACCCAGGGCGAGGGAGCGGAUCAGCUGGCCACCGUGGAUGCCGAUGUCCAGGCCAUUCUGGGUCGCUAUGAACCGCACACUGUGGAGCAGCGUCGCUACGUAUCUGCCAUGCAGCAAUUAUUCUAUUACUAUGUGUCCCAUGGCACGGUGCAGUCAUUUGACAAGGACCGUCGGGUCAUCAAUGUUGGCCAGGAUGCCCAGCCUGAGGAGGACUACUCGCCAUGCAACUACUGGAUCAGUAAGGACAUAGUGCCGCGAUAUGCGCGCGUCGAUUAAGCGAACCAAAAUCCCAAAUUCUAGCCCUUCUCUUCUAAUCUUUCUCACCUGUUUAUCCGCCUGGGAAUCGAUUAUCUCAUUCAGCUUGGUUGCUGCGUCCGUUUCUAUUAAGCUUAAAGCCACAUAAAAAGUAGGAUUUCAACUUCCAAUAGAGUGAAAUAUUGCGGUUGCUUUAAAUUUAAUAGGAACCGAAUACCGAAUCAAUGCCUAAGAAUUUUCCGACUUCGUUUCGAGUUUAGUUUAGCCUAAGUUAAUUUAGUGUUUAUAUAAAUAUAUAUAAUGAUAUGUGUAACGGAUAUUUAGUUAUCGUUCAGUUUAAGUUGAAAGUCUUAAGUUAUGAUGACUCCAUACGUUUGUUCACACGAAUACGUAUUUCUCUAAUCUUAACAUUAACGAACACAAAAACACACACAGACACAAAACAGCAAAAACACAAAUAAAACAUCACAAAAUAUACAAAAUUAUACUUGAAAAGUAUAGAUCUGCGUCUUUCAACUAUCCAACACACUAAUCUAUAUGCUAUACUAUAAACCAUAUACAACUAUAUACAUAGGUGUAAAUGCCACAGAGGUUUUUGAUUUACCAAAAAGAUAGAAACAAAAAAAGAAAACCCGCAAACGACCAACGAUAAAACUUUUUUGAUACAAUUUUACAAGACUCAAGACUCAAGAGAAGCAAACCGAAUUCAUUAAGAUUUAGUUGGGUUUUGCCAAAGCUGGACAGCUUGCGUGUGCCGCUCAAAACUCGUUGAAAGUUUAAGAUCGAUAGGAUUUUUCCAAAAGCUAAAAAUGUUGAAAACAUUUCGAGACUGUCAGGAAUGAAUUUAGACAUCUAUUUAAUCAUUCGAUCAUUUCCACAAUUCACUUAGGUGUAACUAUAUUUACCCAUAUAUGUAAAUCGAAUACUGUACGGAUAACAACACAUUUUUGUAUAGCUUUAUAUGUAUAUUAUUAAUCGAACCAACAUUUUCUAUUGUUUUAUACAAGACUUAUCCACAACAGACUUCGAGCAUUCAAAAAUUGAAACCAGGAAUCAAAAACAGAACAUGGAGUACACAAUAUAGAAUUAUGUUCAGAGAAAUAUUGUAUGCAAACCAUAAGGUUGACAAAUGUUUAAUAAACGGAAAUAAUGAAAAACUUAAAA